AGACCCACCGACCUGUCAGAGCUCCUGAAAGAGGGCACCAAGGAAUCUCACGAGAAGGCUGAAAAUACCAAGUUUGUGAAGGACUUUCUGAAGGGGCGGAUCAAGAGGGAACUGUUUAAGCUGGCCACCGCCGCGCUCUUCUAUACAUACUCCGCUCUGGAGGAGGAACUAGACCGGAAUAAAGAACACCCAGCCAUCGCCCCGCUAUAUUUCCCACAGGAGCUUCACCGGGCUGAGGCUCUGAAGAAGGAUCUUCUCUAUUUUUAUGGAGACAACUGGGAAGAGGCCAUUCAGUGCUCGGAUGCUACUAAAGCCUAUGUUGAGCAGAUCCAUCAUCUGGGUCUUCACCAACCGGAGCUUCUGGUGGCUCAUGCCUACACCCGCUACAUGGGGGACCUGUCAGGAGGACAGAUCUUGAAGAAGGUGGCUCAGAGAGCUCUGCAUCUCCCCAGUGAUGGGCAGGGUGUCCAGUUCUACAUGUUUGAUAAUGUCACUAAUGCCCAGCAGUUCAAGCAGCUGUAUAGGGCCCGACUGAACACACUGGACCUGGAGAGUGAGGCCAAGGAGAGCAUCGUAGAGGAGGCUAACCGUGCCUUCCGGUUCAAUAUGGAAGUGUUUGAUGAGCUGGAUAAAAUAGGAGCUACAAUUCCCGAUGAGCCUCAGGGUGCUGGUCUCCCAUUGCAUGAGGGGAAGGGAGAUAUCCGCAAGUGCCCCUAUUAUGCUGCUAAAGAAGCAGCCACCGGAGCAUCGGGCUGUCCAUUUCACACUGCGCUGGCCCUCGCAAGUCGCCCUGAAGUCAAAGCCAUUUUAGCUGCCUUUGCUGUCGCCAUCGCUGCCACCGUCGCUUGGUACUUGAUGUGA